UCAAAAUUGUAUUUAAAAUCACAGAGGUGGUCUAACCACGUCUCAGCACACACACAUUCACAUAAAUAAAUUCAAACCGAUUAUAUUUGUUAGCCACAUAGGCAUAAUUCCAUCAGUUUAUAAUUAGAUGUAAACGAAUUACUAACACUAAUACCCUUUUAAUUCCACUGUAUCAUUACGGAUAUUUUUGAAAUUCACUGUGCCCUGCAGGGAGUUACGUGCUGGAAGCUAAAGAAUUUCCAUUGUUCGGUAGGAAUUAGGUUAUUAAAAACUGUGAGUGCGAGAUUGCUUCUGCGAAUCAAAGGAGAUGUACAGUAAUGGCAACAUUAAAGCAGUUUGUGGUUCAGCUGGAGCGACUUGCUUAAAUGGACAAGAGUCUGGCGCCUUCCACUGCCAUUACCGCUCUCACCAUCAAUAUAUCAUGUUUUUGGACUCUGUUUUUGUUUUAUUUUCGCAUUUACUGAAAUAUUAAGGCGAACAGUGUAGCAAUUUGAAACCGCUGUUCCCAAAUAAAAACGGAGUUUGUAGGCGACUAUUAAGUUGCAUUAUUUAAAUAAAUGACGCUCAUCCUUUUCGUAUAACGUUGGUCUCGGUGCUGUAAAACCAAUUAGUUUCUUUCAGGAGCUCUGUAAUAGUUUGAUACAGUUGCUCCGUUCUUUUAAGCAAGGAAAACAAAACAUAAACGAUAAACAAAUAACAUUUUGCAUAAAGUCGAUCUAAGGGUGCUGAUUUCAGAGCGUGUUUCAAGCUUGCAUUUGCAAGCUAGGAAAAGCUGUUUGCAGCACUUUUAGCUCAAAGGAUAAGUCAGAAGAGGCACAAUGAGAGCGGCAUUGUGUGCGCAGUCCAAUCCAGGCUUGUCCAGGGCUCCAUGCUUUGGGCACGAUCGCACACUCAGAUUUUUCAUUAUUCACCAUGCGUGCUCUGCACUUGGACAGCGAUUUCCUCCGUGAUUACGUGUGGCGCGUCUCCCUGCGGGAAAGCUCCCCCGUGGAGAGGUCCUGAUGGGUUUGGGCCUUACUUGAAUUUCCCAGCUUAUUAUGUGUCUGCACUGCGCGCUAACGCAGUUCCUAGGAAGCCAGCUCGUCCGCUCCCGCCACAAAGAGCCGGCUCUGCUGCCGAGCGCCAAAGCCGGACGGCGGUCAUGGCACAAAGCGGCGGCAGCUGCUGCCCGCCGCCACCGACACCCUGCUGAACAUCUGCGGCACCCUCCGGCAGCCCGGUGCCCCCCUGAAGCAAACAGCCACCUUGUUGUUUCUAUGUGUGCGCCGAGCAAGAGCGGAACGGGCCACUCUCGGGGCAGGAAAAACAAGGGGCGCCUGGCCGCGCCGCCACCACAUUGCUGGCUAAACAGGUGAUUCCCGCCGCCAAGUUUUUUUUUUGCCGCCGCUGUGGCGGAGGGAGUUGCAGCGUCAGGCUGGCCGUUGGUUUUGCGGGCGUCUUGUUUUGUUUUGUUCACUUUUCUCCUUUCUUUUCGGUUGUUUCUGAGGAAACUGCGUGCUCUUCGCUCAGUCCUCGAGGUCGCCGGCGUUGCUCGAAAGCCGGAGGUUUCAUCGUUUACUGGAUUCCGCGCAACAAUAGAAGGGGGCAGCGGCACAGUUCCCCCCCCCCCCCCCGAGUAAUAAGCCUUUGCAAAAAAAGAAAAACACCCCCCUCCCUUCCUUCCACCUCCGCCCCCUCCUCCCGGGUCCCGUAAAUAAUCACUUGUCUUCGUGCGGGCUGGCUGGAUCCUGCAUCCAAAUCCACCAGUUGCAAAGAAGUUGUGUGUGGGUGUGUGUGUGUGUGUUGGAGACAAGAGGAGGGGGGGGGGGCAAAAAUAAACACUUGACUGAAAUCUAGUUUUAGCACCACCGCGAACAAAAAAAAAGUACGAAGGAGACGUCACACGUAGUCCACUCCGAGAGGUUGAAGUUGCCGCAUUGCAACGGGCAGGAGGGAGAGAGAGAGAGAAACAGGAGAGAUUGAUGUUUGGAGCUCCGGUCACUGGCCCGGACAGCGGCGCCCAGGCAGUAGCUUCUUCCAGGAGAGCGAGGGACUGGACAUGUCCAGGCGAAAACAAUCCAAGCCUCGGGCUGUUAAAGAUUAUGUCCAUUUGACAAAAACUUUGUACAGUUGGAAUUUCCUACAAUCAGCAAUUGAAGAAAGUGAAUCUUCAGAAUUUGACUUAAAUUGGGACUCAACAACUGUGCAAGCAGCAGGAGCCUCAGGAGGAGACCAGGAGUAUGAUACCAAGGACGGACAACUGUUGGAAGACAGACACAGCAUGACCAGUCAGGAAGAGAGAAACGAAGAUGAUGAAGACAUGGAAGAUGAAUCAAUUUACACCUGUGAUAAUUGUCAGCAGGACUUUGAUUCACUGGCUGACUUGACUGAACAUAGGGCACAUCGCUGUCCUGGAGAUGGUGAUGAUGACCCACAAGUAUCAUGGGUAGCUUCAUCUCCCUCCAGUAAAGAUGUUGCAUCACCUUCUCAGAUGUUAGGAGAGGGCUGUGAUCUUGGCCUUGUGGAUGAAGAAGGAGGGACUGGUUUGCCCUAUCCAUGCCAAUUUUGUGACAAAUCAUUCAGCCGUUUGAGUUACCUUAAGAGGCAUGAGCAAAUCCACAGCGACAAACUUCCCUUCAAGUGCACAUUUUGUAGCCGUUUAUUCAAACAUAAACGAAGUCGUGACCGUCACAUCAAACUUCACACUGGAGACAAGAAGUACCACUGUCAUGAGUGUGAAGCAGCUUUUUCUCGCAGUGAUCAUCUCAAGAUCCACUUGAAAACUCACAGCUCAAGUAAACCAUUCAAAUGUACAAUUUGCAAACGUGGGUUCUCUUCUACUAGUUCAUUACAAAGUCACAUGCAGGCCCAUAAGAAGAACAAAGAUCAUGUUGCCAAGCUCGAGAAGGAGAUGAAGAAGGAAGAUGUUGUCUGUGAUUAUUGUGAUGAGACAUUUAAUCAAGCUGAAGACUUGGAAAAACAUAUGGCAACUAAUCACCCACAGAUAUGUGAGAAGGCAGAGUUGCAGUGCAUUCACUGCCCUGAAGUAUUUGCUGAAGAAAAUGCAUUGAUCAAUCACAUUGAUCUAGCCCAUGGGAAUAAGAAACAUAAAUGCCCAAUGUGCCCAGAACAGUUUCCUACGGUGGAAGAAGUCUAUUGCCACUUGGAUAGCCAUAGGCAACCAGAUUCCAGUAAUCAUAGCAUAAGUCCUGAUCCUGCUACAGGAAGUGCUGCUUCAAUGAGCAGUACAACUCCUGAUUCCAGUGCUUCAGUAGAACGUGGUUCCACACCUGAUUCAACUCUAAAACCAUCCAGAAGUCAGAGGAAACCUUCAGGAUCUUUGGAAAGAGAAGGAAGGCAAAACUCUUGGUCACCAAAAGUCACCUAUAGCUGCCCGUACUGUUCUAAGCGUGAUUUUAGUAGUUUGGCUGUCCUAGAAAUUCAUUUAAAAACCAUUCACUCGGAUAAACCUCAACAAAGUCAUACAUGCCAGUUCUGCCUUGAUUCACUUCCCACUUUGUAUAAUUUAAAUGAGCAUGUCCGGAAAGUACACAAAAAUAAUGUUUUUCCAGUAAUGCAAUUUACCAGUGCAUCUACAUUUCAUUGCAACUACUGUCCAGAGAUGUUCGCAGAACUAAAUAGUUUGCAGGAACAUAUACGAAUUACACAUUGUGUCCCAAACACGAUUUCUCAAGAUGGAAACCAUACUUUCUUCUGUUCCCAUUGUUCACUGGGAUUCCUGACAGAAUCUUCACUUACAGAACACAUUCAGCAAGCUCACUGCAAUGUAGGAAAUCCGAAGCUAGAGUCACCUGUACUACAGGCGACACAAUCCUUCAUGGAAGUUUACUCUUGUCCUUACUGUACCAAUUCACCCAUUUUUGGCACCAUCCUUAAGCUCACAAAGCACAUCAAGGAAAACCAUAAGAACAUUCCAUUGGCAAACAGUGGCAGAAAAUCAAAGUCAGAGCAAAGUCCUGUUUCUUCUGAUGCAGAGGUAUCUUCUCCUAAAAGACAGAGAUUGUCAGCAAGUGUACCUUCACUAUCAAAUGGCGAAUACCCAUGCAACCAAUGUGAUCUCAAGUUCUCCUCAUUUGAAAGUUUCCAAAGCCAUCUCAAGUCACAUUUGGAAAUUCUUCUAAGGAAGCAGUCGUGUCCUCAAUGCAAAGAGGAUUUUGAUUCUCAAGAGAGCCUUUUACAACAUCUUACCAUACACUACAUGACAACAUCAACUCAUUAUGUCUGUGAGAGCUGUGACAAGCAAUUUUCCUCAGUGGAUGAUCUGCAGAAGCACUUGUUGGAUAUGCAUACUUUUGUGCUGUACCACUGCACAUUGUGCCAAGAAGUGUUUGAUUCCAAGGUCUCCAUACAAGUGCAUUUGGCUGUGAAGCACAGUAAUGAAAAGAAGAUGUACCGCUGCACAGCCUGUAAUUGGGAUUUUCGAAAGGAGGCAGAUCUUCAGCUUCAUGUCAAGCAUAGCCAUCUGGGCAAUCCAGCUAAAGGUCGCAAAUGCAUAUUCUGUGGUGAUACAUUCAGUACUGAAGUAGAACUGCAAUGCCACAUCACAACACACAGCAAAAAAUACAAUUGUAAAUUUUGCAGUAAGGCCUUCCAUGCCAUUAUUUUGCUAGAAAAGCACUUAAGAGAGAAACAUUGCGUGUUUGACAACAAUAACCAAAAUGGUACUGCAAAUGGCAUUGCACCAUGCAAUAAGAGAGUGGAUACUGAUUUGCAGAACAUACUGAUGAAGAACCAGGAAGCUCUAAACAGCCAUGAAGCUAGUGAAGAUGAUAUUGAUGCGUCAGAGCCUAUGUAUGGGUGUGAUAUCUGUGGUGCAGCAUAUACCAUGGAGGUGCUUCUUCAGAAUCACAGGUUGAGAGAUCAUAACAUUCGACCUGGAGAAGAUGAUUGUUCACGGAAAAAGGCUGAAUUCAUUACCGGAAGCCAUAAAUGCAACAUCUGUGCAAGGACUUUUUUUUCAGAGAGUGGUCUCCGAGAGCACAUGCAGACCCAUCGUGGACCUGCAAAGCACUACAUGUGUCCCAUUUGUGGUGAGAGAUUCCCUUCACUUCUAACACUGACUGAGCAUAAGGUCACCCACAGCAAAAGUCUUGAUACGGGAACUUGCAGAAUUUGCAAAAUGCCACUGCAGAGUGAAGAGGAAUUUAUUGAGCAUUGUCAGAUGCAUCCAGACCUGAGAAACUCUCUCACGGGUUUCCGUUGUGUAGUUUGCAUGCAGACAGUCACUUCUACUCUUGAGCUGAAAAUUCAUGGAACAUUCCACAUGCAGAAAUUGUCAGGAAACUCUGCAUCAUCAUCUCCAAGUAACCAGAGUCAUCAGAGGCUCUACAAGUGUGCUUUAUGCCUGAAGGAGUUUAGAAGCAAACAGGACUUAGUGAAACUUGACAUCAAUGGCUUGCCAUAUGGCUUAUGUGCAGGUUGCAUGAACAGAAGUACAAAUGGCCAAUCUGCAAAUGUAAUUCAGCAGGAAAGCAAUGAAAGAACCAGUGCCAACCUUCGGUGUCCUGAUUGUGCAGUUAAGUUUGAAACUGUGGAAGAUCUGGAGAGUCAUAUCCAGAUAGACCAUAGAGAAAUGACGCCAGAAACAAGUAGCCAGAAAAAGUCAUCCCAGGCAUCACCUGCUCCCAGGAAGAAGACCUACCAGUGCAUUAAGUGCCAGAUGACUUUUGAGACUGAACGGGAAAUACAGAUCCAUGUUGCAAAUCAUAUGAUUGAGGAAGGGAUCAAUCAUGAGUGCAAACUGUGUAACCAGAUGUUUGACUCGCCAGCAAAGCUGCUAUGUCACCUGAUUGAACACAGUUUUGAAGGAAUGGGAGGUACUUUUAAAUGCCCAGUUUGUUUUACAGUCUUCGUGCAGGCAAACAAACUGCAACAGCAUAUCUUCGCAGUACAUGGGCAAGAAGAUAAGAUUUAUGACUGUUCACAAUGUCCACAGAAAUUCUUCUUUCAGACUGAACUUCAGAACCACAUGAUGAGUCAGCACGCACAGUAAGGUGUCAGCACUGCGAGACAUAUUCUCUGCAGAAGACUCGACAGAGACACAGUGGGAGAGAACUUUUGAACAUUACAUCCAAUCAAAGUGUCAUUUGAAACCCAGAUGUAAAACUAAUGAUUUGGCCAUGAGGCACUGCUAUUAUAAGCAGUUUGAAAUGAAUAUUAAUGUAACAGAUUAAAAGUAUUCUAUGCUCAGUAUUUUUCUGUCCUGCUUUUAAACUAGUGAGUUCACAGCUUUUGCUUCUAAUCAGAGUUAUAGUGUGUUAGAAACAUCAGCUUUGUUGCUGUUGUCCUUUGUUGCUUAAUGUAGUAAGCUAAUAGGUGUCAAGAUAACUAGAUGUAUUUUGUUAAUACUUGCUUUUAAAUGCAGAAUUAGCCAGUUGUGAUAACUGUGAUGUGCUAGCUUGCCAUUGUCAGAAUAUUUUUUUCUCUUUUUUUGUCAAAGAAGAAUGUUUUAAUUUGGAUUGACCAGUUCACAGUACAAUGAGAAACUAUGUAAAGAAAAUCAAUGAUUACAGUGAAACUGGAUGGUGUUUGCUUCUAAAAUGUGAUUUACCUGAUUGCAAUAACUAGGACAGUAUAAUAAAGGGAAACCACGCACUUAAUUCC